AUCGAAGUCAACACCGGAAAUUCUUGUUGAAAAACUUCAUAAAAUUAUCAAAUACCAAGAAUGUCAACAAAAACGACCCUUGGAAAAUUUAAAUUAUGCAAAAGAUCUUUCUUCCUAAAAAAUGGAACCGUUCCUACUCAAUCCGGAAUGCGGUACGAACUAGGGUCUGAGGUAGCCAACGUCGUCCUGGAAUGUAUGAGCCCACAGUGCCAAGCCUGGAUGGGAGUUGACAGGAAACUGUUGGGUCCUUCCGAAUACUGCGUGGAUUCCGAACAGUUGAAGCACAACAUACACGAGCACAUUUUGCACCUAGGCCAACAGGCAGAGGACAGGUUGGAACGCCGUCGCAAACGCAAAGCCAAGAAGAAGGACGUCAGCGAAGAAUUGGAGUUUGCUAAAUUCGAGUGCCGCCAAAAGAUAGAAAUAGCUCGCGAUGAGGAACGAAAGAGAAUGGAGGCUCUAUUGGUGGAGGCCAAAUCUGAGUUGAAGGAAAAAUUUCAGUUGAUGAAGAAGGAGCUUGGAGAGGAUUAUUGCAGGGGUAGACGGGAAAUGGCUCAGUUUAUGUGUAGGAAUUUUCGAAAUCAAGUACGGGAGCUUAUUGUACAAAUUGCUCAACGAUAUAGGGUAGAACUGGAUCAUGAAGUUAACGCUAGAGUGGGCAGAGAACUUCAACGGAUUUCAAUGCAGUUGGAUGAAAUUAUUCAAGUUGCUGUAGACCACCAAAAAUGGAUAGAUGAGAAAGCUAUGCGUAAAAUGUGCUACAGGUACGAGGAGCUUCUACGCAAUGUUCAAAAUCGUGAAGCCUGUAGCCAUUUGACGACACUUGCUCAGCAGAUAUGUUCCCAGUGGAUAGAGCUUGCAAAGCAGAAAACUAACCCAGAAAUAUCCUGCCAGACAUCGUUCGUAAUACCCGAACCUGUGGUAACCGAUAUUGGAUCAGAUGUGAUGGCAGACAGUGAAGGUUUCGACGGUCCAGACAGCUUGUUGGAAAUCGAUGAUAUUUUCGUUAUUGAAUCAUGUUUCAUGCAACCUGGUCCUAGUCCGGUUUAUAGUUUUGCAUCCAGUUUAUACGAGGAAGACCAAGUUGACUCUUCUUCCACAAUAGAAGCACUGACCUUCGAAGGCAACGUAUAUGCCCAACCAAAGUACUUUCGAAAAUUUCACGAGCAAUUGUUCCCUGCACCUAUGCUUGCCUGGGAGCUUCAACCAGCGGCUAUUGUCGAAGAGUCUGGAUUUUCCAAUGAUUCACUAAUUCCAAUUGAUUCGGACUUCACUAGAAAUAUUGUCAACCAAAUACUGAACAAUGAAGAUUUUGACCUAGAAGAAGCCUCUGAAAUGCAAUUAACGAGCAUUGAUUUGAACGUUGAGCCUUCAGAGCAAAGUGUUGAAUCAUUUUCGUCGGCAUCGGAGACGACAGUUGCGGAUCUCUUUUGCUUGGAAAAAUCUGAGUCCGCUAUCGACAUUUUGGCAAACGGAAUAGUCCUCAAAUAUAUAAGAGCAACUGAGAAGGACUUUUAGUGAUAUUUUAUCAAACAAAACUUAAAUACAAAAUUACACUCAUUAUUAAACAAA